AUGGUCGCCAAUCUGCACGACUUGGACGCUCAUGAGCAGCCAUCAGAUGAGCUGAGAGCCACCUGGAAAUCUUACUACCGGUCUGACCACAGCGUUUUCGUGAAUCAUCCAGAUAUCGAUGAUAUUCAUAUUCCCUCAAAGGCUGCUGAAUUUAGACAGUGUGGCGCCAUCAAAGCCGAGGACCUCGUUACUGCUUUUGAACAUAUUGAGGGUUCCGACUGGGAUUCCAGUCAAGUCAAGCGGGAUGCUCCCGUAUAUUUUCAUCCACUACUUCCAGGCCUACUUAUUGUGCCUUCCCUGGUUCCACCAAGUACCCAGAAGGCUUUACUCUCCCGCAUGGCUCACCGAGAUCUCAGCAAUCCCGCGCAUAAAACAAACCUGCAUCUUCAUUAUGAUCUGCCAUACAUAGAAGGCGAUGAAGCGAGUGAUGCCUCCUUCUUCUCCCUCUCGCCAGAUUCGCCCAUCGCCUUCACUCCCAAGGAUCCCAACGUGCACAAACCGUUAUCCAUCAAGCAGGUCCUGGAGAAGAAACUUAGCUGGGUCACUCUGGGCGGCCAAUAUGACUGGACCAACCGUGUCUAUCCGGACGGAAAGCCUCCGGAAUUCCCGUCAGACAUCGCCAAUUGUCUCCAGACGCUGUUUCCCCAGACUUUGGCCCAAGCGGCCAUUGUCAACUUUUACAAAACUGGAGACACCAUGAUGAUGCAUCGAGAUGUCAGCGAGGAAGCAAACAAGGGCUUGGUCAGUCUGAGCAUUGGCUGCGAUGCCUUGUUCAUGAUUGCACCCAACGACUAUGCCGAACGCACUUCAAAGUCGGUUGACGACGACAAGUCAGAGAAGCCUUAUCUUUUGCUCCGCCUCAAGUCUGGCGAUGCCAUCUACAUGAGCGAGGAGUCUCGUUACGCAUGGCACGGUGUUCCUAAGGUUCUGAAAGGAACGUGUCCUGAAUUCUUGGCUGAGUGGCCUGCCGAGGAUGGAAAAUACGAGGAUUGGAAAGGCUGGAUGCAGAACAAGCGAAUCAAUCUCAAUGUCAGGCAGGUAAAGGACUGA